AUGUCCAUCAAACUUUAUUCGCAUUCCACGAUGAGAGUAGCCAACGAGACGGAAGCCAAGACUUCCUUGGCUCUCAAGAUUGGGCAUGCAACAGUCCAUGAGUCGAGUUCGCCGCACAACCAUCCAUCGGGUUGCACGGAUAGAGUUAGCCGCCCGCUUUGGGUAAUCUAUCGGGAAUCUCGUGUUGACAAUGGGCAAUCGCCCCAUUCAACUCAGCAGAGCAGCUGGAGGCACGGUGGCAGUGCUGUUUGCUUCUUGGGUGCUCAGGCCCGCCUCGUUCCCGCACGAGUAAAAUAG